AUGUCAAGACAAGAAGGUGGUUGCGUUACAAAACGUCUACAGAAUGAAUUACUACAGUUACUUAGUUCUGCAACGCAGAGCAUUAGUGCGUUCCCUGUAGACGAUAACGAUUUAACGUAUUGGGUGGGAUAUAUUACGGGACCUCAAGGAACGCCAUAUAGUGGCCUCAAAUUCAAGAUUUCAUUGAAUUUUCCUGAAAACUAUCCCUUCCAUCCACCGAAGAUUAAAUUUGUGAGUCCAAUGUGGCAUCCAAAUGUUGAUAAAAGUGGAAACAUAUGUCUUGAUAUUUUGAAAGAGAAAUGGUCUGCAGUAUAUAAUGUAGAAACAAUACUAUUAUCACUACAAUCCUUACUGGGUGAGCCAAAUAACAAGUCCCCACUAAAUGCUGUGGCAGCAGAGCUUUGGGAUACAAAUAUGGUAGAAUACAGAAAGAAAUUGCUCGCCUGCUAUGAAGAAAUUGGCGACUACUGA